GCGCUUUCCCAGUAGUAGCAGUAGAAGUGUAUUGAGCGGUGUGCUGUGAGCACUGCAGACACAGAGGAUGUUUCCUCAGCUGCAGUAACACCUCCUCCUCCUCUCCGUCCUCCUGUUCUCAGAGCUCACUCACCUCUUGUAGAGGAAGAGAGGUGGACACCCGGAGGAAGAGAGAAGGACGCCCUGACAGAGAGAAGGACGCCCUGACAGAGAGAGGGACACCCGGAGUAAGUGAGGACAAGGCUGACAGGAGUCGUUCCAUGGAGGUGUGUGCGGGAGUGUACCUGGCUCUGAGUGACCAUGAACAGAAGACGUACUCCGAGCUCUUCUCCUUAUGCCAAGUGGAGGGCUCACCCCGGCUGGCAGCGGGCAGCACUAAAGUGGGCGAGCUGUUCAGAGCGUCGCAGCUGCCUGCAGAAACUUUACACCAGAUCACAGAGCUGUGUGGUGCAAAACAUAUUGGAUACUUUGGACCAGCUCAGUUUUUUAUUGCUUUAAAAUUAAUUGCGGCAGCACAAGCUGGCUUGCCAAUUUGCCUGGAGAGCAUCAAGUGUGAAUUGCCACUUGCUUCCUUCUUUUCUAUGAAAAGUGAAAACAGUUUAAAAUAUGGACUCUCUUCUCAGAAUGUAAAUCCACAGAUAACAAAUCAUACAGUCAGUGAGAAGGGUUCCCUUCACUGCCUCUUUGAUGGGGAAACUCAGUCAGAUGCCAAGACCUCUGUGACUUCACCCAAAAAGUCUUCUGCUUCAUCAUCUCCUCAGUAUGGACAUGGGAAGAUACAAAGCAGUCCUGAUCACCACAGUGGAGCAGCAUAUGAGACUAGACACCCUGCACUACUUCAGCAGGAUGGACAGUUGCCACUGAACUAUGGAAACCAGCCUGCACCUUUGCAGCCUUCUCUCAGCCGGCAGUCCUUCACAGCUGAAAGAGAGGCACAGGACAAUUCCGAUAGUUACUCUGAGGACCCCUGGAGGAUAACAGAAGAGCAGCGAGAAUAUUAUACUAACCAGUUUAUAACACUUCAACCAGAUCUCAAUUCCCUCAUUUCUGGUUCGGUGGCAAAACAUUUCUUCACCAAGUCAAAGCUUCCCAUCCCAGAACUUUCACAUGUUUGGGAUCUUAGUGAUGUUGACUGUGACGGAGCGCUGACUCUUUCGGAAUUUUGUGCAGCUUUUCACCUUAUUGUUGCUAGAAAGAAUGGCUUUGAUUUGCCAGAUACACUACCUAAGAACUUGUUGUCUGAAAUUAUUCAGUCAGCAUCUUUGAAGCCUAGUACUGAUGGUAUGUAUGAAGCGUAUCGUGGAACAAGCACAGUUUGUCCAGUUAGAAAAGAGCUAGAAACGGUCUGUGAAGAUCCAGCCAACGCAGAGCCACUGAUUGUCUUUGAUUUGGAAACCAGUAACACUGAGCAAAAAACCACUGCAGAAAUACCUUACAGUGAACAUUCUUUAAAGGAAGAUUUUAUCGGUGAUUUAAAAGCUUCACAAGAAAUAUCAGCUCCCCCAGUAGCAACAGAACCUAAAAAGUUUUCAUCAUUCAAAACCGCUGUUCACCAGGACUCAUAUACACCUAAAACAAGGCCACGAUCUAGGUCAUAUUCCAGCACAUCUAUAGAGGAAACUAUGAAGAAAGUAGAGGAACCUCCCACACCACCACCAAGACCUCAGAAAACCCAUUCCAGAGCUUCAUCACUGGACUUAAGCAGAAUCAUACAACAACAUUCCCCAGCUCCUCGAGCUGGAUGGAUGCAACCUCCUCCUGCUCUGCCUCCAAGACCUGGUGUGUCACAGAUUACCUACCAGAAUAUUAACACAGAACAAAAGAUACCAGCUUUUGCGGACUUCAAGUCACAAGAACACAGUGACCGAGCCGCAGAGAUUGAAUUACAUCUACAGACAAAUAAAAUCUUGCCGCAGACAGAGGAGAGCAGUCCUGCCAAAAAAGAAAUCGUCCUCAGCCAACCACCAACCAAACCAUUACGACGAAAAUUCCAUCCAGAAAGCCAAGUUGUGGAAAAUCAUGACUUGUCUUCGGCAUCAAAUGUGAGCUCAUCAGCGGCAUCUCUAAAGUCACAUCCAGCCGUCCAAAAGCAGCCUUCCAAACAGAAGAAAGCCAUCCAGACAGCCAUCCGUAAAAACAAGGAAGCCAAUGCGGUGCUGGCCAGGCUAAACAGUGAACUUCAGCAACAACUGAAGGAAGUCCAUCAGGAAAGAAUUGCCUUGGAAACCCAAUUAGAACAGCUUCGUCCUCUUACUGUGUUAUGACCUUGAACAAGAAGAAGUGACAGCAAUACCACUGAUAAGGACGUAUGAACUGCACAUAUCCAGCGACCUAAUAAUAGUUAUUGUUAUAACUAACAUGAUGCUGAUGCCGGUCAAAUUUGGAAUGACAUAUGUUCACCUUGUUGCUUGUUUUAUUAAAGACGCAAAAAAAUAUCUAUGAUUGUAAAUCAGUCUGGUUUAGUAUUAUCACUCCACCUACUGUGUGGACUAUGGAAUUACGGUAAUCAUUGCUCAAGUCAGCACCACACACAAGGGCUACAGCUGAGAGUUCUGCUGCACACUUAUUUUACUUUUACAUGCAUUCAGGGACCAUUCUAUAUUGAUCCUUUUUCAUUUGAACUUUUCAGCAUAUGUUCUCUGAUGACAUCUAUGAUUUCAUAUAUUUAUAUUUUGUUACAGCCACUGAUUUUAAUCAAGCAAAUUUUACAUUAUGUGUUUUAGGAGGUUAUUCAAUAUUAGAAAUAAGUAAUUGAUGUACAUUUUAAUAUGCGCUUUCUUUCUAGUAAGCUAGAAAACAUAACAUCAUGUACAGAUUAUCAUUUCAAUAUAAGUGGAAUCAAAUGUCUGAAGAAUAGAUUGUUUCCCAUUGCAAAAAUAAAUAUGUAAAAACAAA